GCGAGUCUCUGUCCCUUGUUUGGAGACUUCCAGUGUCUGUUUCUAAAACCGUAAACACAGAAGGGACAACAUUGCGCUUGUUUUUUUACGUACCGUUACUUUGUUAGUUAGUUACCGCCAACUGUUAAACAACAACUGGCAGCAGCGAGCAGUUUAGGUUUUUAUAACGCGAUUUUCAGAGUUUUAUCAAACAGAGAGAGUUAAUUUACUUUCUGGGAAGAUGUUGAGCCAAUUCCACAGACUUAAAGGCUGAAAUGUGAGCGUUUAUCUCGGCGAAAAGUUGUUGUUCACCUUCGUGGGGCAGAUGGAGCAGAGAGAGGAGGAGCUGGAGCAGAUCUCGGCGUGGUUUAGCAAAGAAGGACUUGUUCCUGACGUCCCUACAGAGGCUCAGCUGUGUUUUCUAUGGCGUACUCUGCAGCACACAAAAAGCCGUCUAAACAGCGUGACGAGGGCCUUGGACAACCAACGUUCCCAACAUAUGGCAGAAAUGGCAGAGGUACGCAAGUCCUUGGAGCAGAUUCGUAUGUUUACAGAGCAUAAAGAUGUUCUGGCUCAGGAGAUACAAGAUGAAAACGAUCAGCUCAAGGACCAGCUGAGACAUCUAGUAUCAUUGCAAGAUGCACAGAUAAGCGAGGUGGCCAAAAUGCUGUAUCAGCAGGGUCUAACUGAGCUGAUCCACAGUAGCCCCAGUGAACAGGUGGCCUACCUCCUGGUGGAGAGAGCCUCCCUGUUAGAGACAUGGGACAAUCCAGACAAACCGACAGCUGAUGGACAUACAACCAGUCUGAUGGGAAUGGAGAAACAAGCAGUGAAUACCAACGCAGGCCAGUCUUCCCACAAGGGGGCACUACGCCACAGCCAAAACCCAUGGAAGAGACUCUUUGGACUACACAAAGCUUCUCAGAGCAAAAAUGCAUUUAUACCAGCUGAGGCCAGAUGUUUGUCUGGCCAGGCGAGCAACGUGCAGAGGGAGUGUUCCCGUUUGGAGCGGGACCUGGAGGAGGGCUCUCGGAGGCUGGCCAUGGCUCACACUGAAAUCCGGCGCUUGACUGAUGAGCUUGAGUCUGCGCACUUGACCCAAAGAACUUAUGAGCCUGAGCUGCAAGCAGCACAACAGGAGGUAGAGCAGCUCAGACAGGAAGUAGAAAAACUGAAGAAAUAUGAAAUGGUGGAGCUGCGAAAGGCCAAAGAGCUGAAUGAUCGUCUGGAUGUUGAGAUUCGAGCCCUGAGAAGCAGAGUGCGCUCCCUGGAUGCUGAGAAAAGCUCUCUGCAGCAGAAGGUGAAGGAGCUGGAGUCAGCCAUGCAGAAGCAUCACCCGAAGGUGCAGGUUCAGCCUGACCCGGACACAGAUAAAGCUGUGUCUCUGCAGAAGGAGGUGGAGCUACUGGAGUCAGUCCUGCUAGAGCAGCAGCAACAGGCGGAGCAGCAGCUUCUGGCUGUGCAAAUUAAAGCCGACAAGGCCACGGAGUUAGCUAAAUCCAAGGCAGCUGAAUUGAUUCAGAACAAUGAGGCCAACAGAGAUUUACAAAACAAGUUCAGCACUCAGACAAAAUGCCUUUUGGACAAGGAGUCAGAGAUACUGUCUCUUAAGCAGCAGCUGGAUACUUCCCAAAAUGAUCUGGAUAAACUUGUAGCUACAGUCUGCACCAGGGAAAACAAUUCCCAGGGUCCAGUGCUGUGGAGACAUCAGCAGGCAGAUUCACAGGACUAUGAAAACACCCACAGGCAGCAGGAAGACUCCUUUGUGACUGAUGAAAAGAACCUACAGGAUUAUCAAGACACUGUGAGGAAUCUGCUUUCCACUCAAGAUGAAUGUGAGGCACUCAAGAAAGAGAUCUGUGAAACCCUUAAAUGCCUCGACCAAGAGCGGAGUAAAUAUCAUGAGAUGAAAGAAAAACGCAAGGUGAAACUGUGUCGAGCCAGGCAGAAGUUUGAUGAGGAAACUGCAUGGCGGGACGAGAAGAUAAAGAAUCUAGAGCGAGAGCUGUCUUUGAGUUCUCAUUCAUUAAUAAAGGAGAAAGAACUCACCUUAAAUAUAACUUUGGAAAAUGAGAAACUGCUUGUUGAGAGGAGAAGGUUACUACAACAGCUCAAUGAGGAGGAGCACAAUAAGAAAGACAGUAAUCUAACAGCUUCCAUGUCUAAAUGCAGAGUGGAUUUUCUAGAGACGGAAAACAAGAAACUGGGAAACAAAAUACUCCACAUGUCCAAACAGAUGGCAGUCCUGGAGCGCACCCUCCACAGCAUGCAGUCGCUGCACUUUACUGAGGAACUUAAGAAAAUAUCUGAUCCUCAGCAGAUUUUUACGUCACUUCCUCCUAAAAGUGUGCCGUUUCCAGAGAAUACCACGAGUCUGGGUGUGGUGAACAUUACUCAGAGCAGUCAGGCUGAUGCAACUUCUUCACCUCAGUGUUCAACGUCUUCCCCAGUGUCCCGAUCAGCAGAGAUGGGUUACCUGAACCUGACCUCAGCUCAGAGCCGCUCAGAUCACUCCACUCCCCUGAGGGUCCUCAGCAGCUCAGACAGCACGUAUUUCUAAGGUUUCCUGGUCGUCAUCAACAAGAAUACUGUGUACAGAAAUGCUUUUAGUAAUUUAUAAUAAAUGAAUGACACUUUUUUUUACUAAAUUAAAAACAUGUAUAUUUUAGUAAAUAAAAGUUGUAAAUAAACAGGAAUAUCUCUCUGCAAAGUUAAUUUUCAAUAUAGUAAAUUCCUAGAUUUAGGAUGCAUCCUGAUUAUUUCUUGAUAACAUAUUAGUUUGAUUACCAUCGACCUCCAGCUGUGGGAACACAGACUUGAAAUCUGUCUUUGUAACAUAAUUGAUGUAAUAAGUUUAUGAUGCUUGGACUUUCCACCAAUAGGUUCACUCAACCCACACACGGUCUACUUUCCGAGUUUUCACAUUAUGGUAAUCAUGUUUAUCAUUUCUCCUUCCUAAUGUAAUCUGAUUUGACUGAAGGUUCAAACAAAGGGGAUGUCAUGGCCACAGCGAUCUGCAACUUGUUCUAGACAGAAAAAAGGACUUGUAAUGUCUUUUAGAAAUGAAGACUGUGGAAAUGUACU